AUGAGAAUUACAAGUACAUCUUGUAUCUGCCCAGUCCUAGUUUGUCUCUGUUUUGUACAGAGGUGUUAUGGAGCUGCUCACCAUGGCUCCAUCAAGGUGACCAGAAACCAAACCAAGCACAUAGAAGGCGAAACAGAAGUGCAUCAUCGUCCAAAGCGUGGAUGGGUGUGGAAUCAGUUCUUUGUUUUAGAAGAACACAUGGGACCAGAUCCUCAGUAUGUAGGAAAGCUGCAUUCCAAUUCCGACAAAGGUGAUGGAUCAGUCAAAUACAUUCUUACUGGAGAAGGGGCAGGGACUAUAUUUAUUAUUGAUGACACAACUGGAGACAUCCAUUCAACCAAAAGCCUAGAUCGAGAGCAGAAGACACACUAUGUGCUUCAUGCCCAAGCUAUUGACAGACGGACAAACAAGCCACUCGAGCCCGAAUCUGAGUUCAUUAUCAAAGUGCAGGAUAUCAAUGACAAUGCACCAAAAUUUACAGAUGGACCAUACAUUGUUACUGUGCCAGAGAUGUCUGAAAUGGGUACAUCUGUUCUACAGGUGACAGCCACAGAUGCAGAUGACCCUACAUAUGGAAACAGUGCCAGAGUAGUGUACAGUAUUCUUCAGGGACAGCCAUAUUUCUCUGUUGACCCCAAAACAGGAGUCAUCAGGACUGCCUUGCACAAUAUGGACAGGGAAGCCAGAGAGCAUUAUUCCGUUGUCAUUCAAGCCAAAGAUAUGGCUGGGCAGGUCGGAGGGCUGUCAGGGUCAACAACUGUAAAUAUCACACUCACAGAUGUCAACGACAAUCCACCCAGGUUUCCUCAGAAACAUUAUCAACUGUAUGUUCCUGAGUCAGCUCAAGUUGGGUCAGCAGUUGGCAAAAUCAAAGCAAAUGACGCAGACACUGGUUCAAACGCAGACAUGAAGUACACAAUAAUAAAUGGUGAUGGCGCUGGGGUAUUCUCCAUAUCUACUGACAAAGAAACAAGAGAAGGAAUUCUCUCUCUGAAGAAGCCACUCAACUACGAAAAAAAGAAAUCAUAUACACUUAAUAUAGAAGGAGCAAACACUCACCUGGAUUUUCGCUUUUCGCACUUGGGACCAUUCAAAGACGUAACUAUGCUGAAGGUCAUCGUUGGCGAUGUGGACGAACCCCCACUCUUCACUAUGCCUUCCUAUGUCAUGGAAGUUUACGAAAACGCAAAGAUUGGGACUCCUGUUGGCACAGUAACAGCACAUGAUCCUGAUGCUGCAAACAGUUUAGUGAGAUAUUUCAUUGAUCAUAACACAGAAGAAGAUAGGUAUUUCACAAUUGAUGCUAGUACUGGAACCAUUAAGACUGCCAAGAUCUUUGACAGAGAGGAGACACCUUGGUACAACAUCACAGUGGCUGCUUCUGAGAUAGACAAUCCAGGGCUAGUGAGCCACGUUCCAGUUGGUGUUAGAAUCCUGGAUGUCAAUGACAAUCCUCCCGAGCUUGCCAGAGAUUAUGAUGUAGUCGUCUGUGAAAAUACAAAGCCUGGUCAGGUAAUUCAGACUAUCACUGCUACUGACAAAGAUAACUCUGCGAAUGGUGCAAGAUUCCAUUUUUCUCUUGAUGAAGGGCUUUCUUUGAAUCCCAACUUUACUCUAAGGAACAAUGAAGAUAAUACAGCCAGUAUUCUGACAAGACGAAGGAGAUACAGUCGAACAACUCAAGAUAUUUAUUACCUGCCAGUUCUGAUUUCUGAUGGUGGUGUGCCCCCUCUCAGCAGCAGCAGUACCCUCACCAUCCGGGUUUGUGCCUGUGAGAGAGACGGACGAGUGAGAACUUGCCAUGCUGAAGCUUUCCUCUCCUCGGCUGGCUUGAGCACAGGAGCUUUAAUUGCAAUCCUGCUCUGCAUUGUCAUCCUUCUUGUUUUCUCUUUAGCAAUUGUGGUCCUUUUCAUCACCCUAAGACGUAGCAAGAAGGAGCCUUUGAUCAUUUCAGAAGAAGAUGUCCGGGAAAAUGUUGUGACCUAUGACGAUGAGGGAGGUGGAGAGGAAGACACAGAAGCAUUUGACAUCACAGCACUGCGGAACCCAUCUGCUGCCGAAGAGCUAAAAUACCGGAGGGAUGUUCGGCCUGAAGUGAAGCCUUUGUCCAGGAAUCAUCCCUCCUCAAGCCUUGACAGUAUAGAUGUUCAGGAGUUCCUUAAUCAAAGACUGGCAGAGGCUGAUUUGGACCCCAGUGUACCCCCCUAUGACUCCCUGCAGACAUAUGCCUAUGAGGGUCAUAGAUCAGAAGCUGGGUCUAUCAGCUCUCUGGAUUCAGCAACGACACAUUCUGACCAGGAUUAUAAUUACCUUGGAGACUGGGGACCCGAGUUCAAGAAGCUAGCUGAACUCUAUGGGGAAAUAGAACCAGAAAGAACAACUUAG